AUGUCCUUAAACUACCUCAUUGUGCAGAUCGCGCGCUGGAGCUGCGAUCCACCGUCACGUGGCAUUUCUCUCGCGACGGGCCGGAAAUGGAAGGAGAACCGGCAGUUCACGAUCAAGGCCCUCGCUCGGCUAGGCGUCGCUGACCGAUCGGUCGAGAGCAGGAUCGUACGCGAGGUGGACUCCCUUCUCUCCGUCAUGGCCACCGUCGACAGUCACCUGUUCAACCCGGCCGUCAUCUGCAGCUGCAUCGCCAACGUCAUGUGCGACAUCAUCUUCGGCCGACGCUACGCGCACGACGACCCGGAGAUGAUGAAGUACGUCGCCGAGAUGCAGGAGGGCUUCGUGCUGAUGGCGCACCUGGGCAUUCUGAAUUUCCUGCCCGCGCUGCGACACCUGCCUAUGACGCGCAAGCCGCUGGCACGACUCAACGUCACCAAGGCGGCAGCGCACUCGUUCUUCGCCAACCACGUGCGCGAGCACAUGGCCACCUUCGAUCCGGAGAACAUCAGAGACUUCAUCGAUACCUACCUGGAGGAGGCGAGGAAGCGAGCGCAGGUGGAUGCAAACUGCAAUCUAUUGGAAGAUGAUUACGUGCUGCAUCUAGUCGGAGACCUAUUCGGAUCUGGAUUCGUCACCACGGCGCACACGAUCAUCUGGGGCCUGCUGUACAUGUCGCGGCACGGCGACGUGCAGCGCCGAGUGCAGGCGGAGAUUGGUGAACAGAUCGGCGAAGGUCGAGCCCCGAACCUUGCCGACAUGAGCGAGCUGCCGUACACCGUCGCCGUCGUGCACGAGGUGUUACGGUUUAAGACGGUGGCGCCGCUCGGCGUUCCGCACGCGAACACGAAGGAUCUGGUCGUGCGCGGAUAUCACAUUCCGAAGGGCACCUUCAUCAUGCCGCUGCUGCACGCGGUGCAUCACAGCGAGAUGCACUGGAAGAAUCCGACGGAGUUCGAUCCCACGAACUUUCUCGACAGCGACGGGCGUUUGAAGAUUCCGUCAGCCUUCAUGCCCUUCUCUUCAGGCAAACGAAUUUGUCCAGGAGGUCAGCUGGCCAUGUACGAAACGUUUCUAUUCCUGGCGAGCAUUCUACAACGUUUCACCGUCACGCUUCCAGAGGGCGCACCAGUGCCUGAUCUUAUCGGCAAGCUGGGUGUUACGCUAGCUCCACCGACAUUCGACCUACUCAUCACAGCUCGGUGAUACGAUUGCAUUCGGUUGAAAGUGUACUGUGAUAUAUAAUAUGUGUAGAUAGGUCUCGCCUGCAUGUAUAAUACGUUCAUUCAUACCAAAUGUGCGAGGACGUAGCGCGUUAUAACGAUCAUUUAUCACUAUCUUUACGUAAUCAUCCUGUUUUAUUCACGCCAGAGAGCAUGCAAUUACAGUUGUAUAUAUAAUUAUAAUACACAGCGUCACUUCACUAUAGGCACUUGUGUCGUUUUCACAACGUAGCGCGGGAGACUCUGUAAUUAAUUGCAGUUCUAUUAUGUGCAGUUGUGAGCAACAAGGAGCAUUGCGAGCAACGAAAGCAGUAGUUAGUUAGCACGAGUUCCGUGCUCGCUUUGAAAUUAAAAAUAAAAUUGCUCUGUAUUUCACAGAUCUGGUGGACCAUCAUUGCUCAUAGCAUUGAAUGUUUCGUAAUGUUAAGGCAUUUAAAUGAAUGCACUGAAAAUAUCAUAUUACUAUAGUUUGUGAUCUAUUGUAAGUUAUUUAACUAUAUAUAUUCGUUUUACACGUCGAGUUUAUAUGUUAUUUAAAUUUACAAAAACAAGUCACAGAAAAGUGCAUUUGCGUACUCAUUGCGUGUAUCUCUACGUUCAUUAUUAUAGUUACAUGUCAUAUAUGUAGUUAUAUUAUGUACGACGCAUUACCAUCUACGAAAAAAUGUGUUGAGUAAGUAACUACACCCAAUCCCUUCGCAAUAUCAGGUGUGAUCACUGCAAUUUUCACGAUUUUAAUUUUUACAUUAAUUUUUGUAAGUUAUGAUCAUUCAGGUUAUCAUAUAUUAUGAUGUUAUUGCUAAAAUAUUGUCGUUUCACGAGGUUUCUAUGGUUACACAGGUUACUAAUCAAAAUCGUCGUUCUCAUCGCUGUAUAGUCAUCUGUCCAACGACGUGUUGUGUGUUAGUGUGCAUGAAAUGAAAAACGCUUCAAGUUCACUUGUUAUCACGAGAAUAAUCGAUGACUAUAUAGGCAAGCGAGCAUAUUCUGUAGAGAGGAUGUAUAAAAAACCGAGCGCAGCUAUGUGGGGUGACGUGUUACUUCGCCAUAUCUGUUUUUUUGUCUGCGUUGUAAUACGUCAUCGCCUGUGGCGCUACGCGAUCAUCUACUCGAUUACAUCCUGCGGAAUACUACUCGUCAAUAUACUACCCCGUGUGUCUGUUUCUCCGUACGUAAUCCGUAUCCCAAAUUCCUAUAAUUUACGCUUCAACUAAAUACAGCUUACAUUAGUGCGGUUCGUUGUCCUGCUAAACCUUUACGAUGAUGACACGCGUGGGUGGCGAGCGACCGGCGCUGGGCGGAUUGCAUACGCCUGGUCACCGCCUCUCGUGGUGUAUGCAUACAUGAGGGUACAUUACUCAUACUAACUUCAUCACGGUCUCCUAGUUAUUUAAUAAUAUUAAGUAAAUAAAACCCACGUCCGUGAAACGAUAUGGUUAGACGUCAUCUAAAUGUCAGAUAUUGAAAUACUUCCGAUUGCUGUAUAUGAUAUAUGCGAUAUAUGAAUAUGUUAAAUACAUUGUACUCGAGCCAGAGAGGAUAUUGCAAUAAGUUUCAAGUGGGGUUGAAGGAAAUUGCAUGCGCAAUUUGCGUAGUCAUUUCUAUAUAUGUAGUGAAAACAUUACUGUAAAAUGCACUAUUGAAUAUAUUUACUCUCUUGGUAAA